AUGGCAUCGGGAGGAUCGGCUGAAUGUCCCUGGUUCGGUGGUGUGGUGGUAGCACACCCGAACGGCAAUCAGGAGGCCCGGGUUCAAUUCGCGGCCGUUCGCUGGCUUCUUUCGUCCUCUCAUGCCUUCCAUGUCCCGUACUGCGUGACGACCCGACCGAUCCCGGUCUGGCUGAGCCUGGGACAGGCGGUGAAUCUGACCUGCGACGUGGAGUCCGAGCCCGAGGUCCAGAGGUUCAACUGGACGUUCCGACAGCGACGCACGGAGGAAUACGUCAGGGUCCCGUCCGACCAGGUCCGGCAGUUCAAGAAUCGCAGCGUCUUGGAGUUCCUCGUCAGGAACGAGGAGGACUUCGGGAUCCUCCACUGCCGGGCCGUCAACGAGGUCGGGGAGCAGCAGGGUCCCUGCCUCUUCGACAUCGGGGAAGAAGUGAAGAAUCAGUCGGGACGCGAGCCGACCUUUCGAUUGUCCGGACUGCAGCCUGGGACGAAGUACGAGGGGAUUGCAUGGGCCGAGAACGAGAAAGGAGCCAGCGAAGCGACGCAGCUUCUCAUUUCUACCUCCUUCCCGGUGGAGCCGAACACCGCCCCUGCUCACUCGCCGUCGUCCAAGUCUCAAGUGAUCGUGACGUCACGUCCUCAUCUUCACCCCACCCCCUCUGAGCCCGUCCCAAUGAAGCCCAGCCCUACCUGGCUCGCCUUAUCCGAAUCCGCCGGUUCCUGGGUCCUCCUGACGAUAAUCGGAUCCGGAGUGGGCGGGACGCUGACCCUGAUCGCCCUGGGGAUCGGCUGUUGGGUCGGGGCCAAGCGGAGACGAGGCCGAGGGGGCGACAAAUCCACCCCGGCCGAUUCCACCUCGGACCAGAAGAAGCAAAAAUGGCUGAACUCGGAGAUGGAGCCCGGGUCGGAGAAGUUCAUCGUCGACGAACCCGAUCCCGAUAUCGUUCAGCACACCCGGCCGGGGCCGAAGGACGAUCCGGCUCCCAUGAAUCAUCGACCACUACUGCAUAUACAACGAAAUCUCAUCACCCGUAUCUGA